AUGUCUCGAGUCCGAUACAACAAUUCUGUUGCUCUUCCCGCAACGCAAACCGUGAUCAAACAAAAUGAGGACGGGUUACUUACAAUCCAGAAGGACUUUCCCCUCCCGGAGAUUCGCUCAGAUCGCCUUCUGGUCAGAGUCGAGUACGUCGCCAUUAAUCCUUGUGAUUGGAAAAUGUCAGAGCGCUUCCCCGCUCCCGGUGCGGUUGAUGGAUGCGACUUUGCCGGAACCGUUGUUGCACUGGGAAGCGACGUGUCGAAGACUGGACGCUUCCAGGUAGGAGAAAAGGUGUGCGGUGGUGUCCAUGGCUCCAAUCCAAUUGAUCCAACCACGGGCUCGUUUGCUGAGUAUCUGUCUGCCGAUGCGGAGUUUACAUUCAAAGUGCCCGGAUACAUGGGACUCAAAGAAGCAGCUGCCGUGGGUGGCACAGGAAUUGGAACUAUGGGCUUGGCCUUGAGCAAAUCGUUGGGGCUUCCCGGCAGCCCGACUCGACCUGUCGGAGAGACUGAUUCAAAAUAUGUCUUGGUACCCAUCGCCGUCUGCUCGCCCAAGAACUACGACUUGGUCAAGUCAUACGGCGCUGUCAAAGCUUUUGAUUAUCAUUCUCCAACAUGCGCGCAGGAUAUCCGCGCCUACACCAAGAAUCGCCUCGCGCACAUCAUCGACCCCAUCGUCGAGGCCAAGACUAUGCAGCUCUGCUACGCAGCCAUGGGCCGAGCGGGCGGCAAGUACUGCGCGCUUGAAGCAUACGCCGACGAGCUUUGCACACGCAAAGUAGUCAAGCCGGAGCUGGUCAUGGGCAUGGCAAUUUUGGGUCGAAAGGUGGCUCUUAAUCACGGGUAUGGUAGUGAGGCAGAUGCCGGGAAGCGCGCAUUUGGCAUCGAGUGGUACCGCGAGAUGCAGGAUUUGCUCGAUGCCGGCAGGUUAAUGACCCACCCAGUGAGAGUUGUACCAGGUCGCUUUGACGGUAUCAUGAAAGGCUUGCAAAUGUUGAAAACAAAGCAAGUCUCUGGUGAGAAGCUCAUUGUGCAGUUGGGUAGUAAUAACUAG